AUGGGGAGGCGAGGACGAUCACCAAAGGUGGUGUCGACGCCGUCAUCAGCCAUCAGCAACAAAGACGACGACAUACCAUCGAAAACCAACGCGAAUGCAAGCAAAACACAAUAUGGAGGAGAAGAGCUAACAAAGGAGAUUGUGGAAGAACAGGGAAGCAGCAAAUCUGAAACCCUAAUUUCACCAAAAGGGGCAACAGAACCUAGAAGACUAUGGGUAGAUGUUAUAAGUGGAAAUCGGAAUCCUGGGAACGGGUUAAAACUGGAAUUCAUCGCACCAACGAUUGUCAAUGGUAUUGCAGAGGUACGUAUUGAAGAAGCAGACACUGAAAUAGAGGUGAAAUUCUGGGAGACGGAAUUGAUCAUGUAUGUAAUGGGAGGCGAGUUAAGUAUGAACAUGGUCAAACAAUUCAUGCUAAAACAAUGA